AGACACCAUCCUUCCGGAAGGGGUCCUUUGAGCGUCUCCGUUGCAUAGGAACAAACAGCCAACACGGAUUUAUUCAUUUUCCAAACGAGAACAUCACAAACGCCAUUUAAUUGACGGCGAUAGAAUGAAAUACAAAAUUUGACCUAAAAUCUAAUGAAGGAUAGCUGUAAAACAUGAAUUAAUAUCAGCCGUAACGCCAAUUCGGUAACUUGUUAGCUAAUUAGCAAGUCCGGUUGCACAAAUCCUCUAGUGUAAAUGCAUUGAAAUGUUUCCUCGGCUACAAUCGUCGGUUUUAUUUUACCUGAGCUAAAGGCUAACUCGUUUUGACGUGUGUCAAAUGUUCACGAGUGUUUAGCUUGUGAAGCCAUUUUGUCACAAUGUUUAAAUCCUCUUAAAACGAAGUGGAUGCGAAUAAAAAUACGCACGAGGAGGAGGUGACAGUGCUGAAGAAAUGGCCGCCGACGAUGAUAAAAGCAUCCCUGAGCUGGACCAAAAAAAGUACGACGCGGACGAACAUGUCAAGAUAAUAUGUCUGGGAGACAGUGCCGUCGGGAAAUCCAAGUUGAUGGAGCGAUUUCUCCUGGACGAAUAUCAACCGCAGCAGCUUUCCACGUAUGCUUUGACACUCCACAAACACAAAGCCACGGUGGCUAAUAAGACAGUGGCAGUAGAUUUCUGGGACACGGCCGGUCAAGAGAGGUUUCAGAGCAUGCAUGCUUCCUACUACCACAAAGCGCACGCAUGCAUCAUGGUUUUUGACGUCCAGAGAAAGAUCACCUACAAGAACUUAGCCAACUGGUAUGCAGAGCUGAGGGAGUACAGGCCCGAGAUCCCGUGUUGUGUGGUUGCCAACAAAAUAGACGCCGACCAGAAGGUGACGCAACGGAGUUUCAACUUUGCCAAGAAGAAAGGACUCCCUUUUUAUUUUGUUUCUGCAGCCAACGGCACGAACGUCGUCAAGAUGUUCCGGGAGAUGAUCAAGCGAGCUGUGGAAUACAAGCAAAACCCCAAUGACUUCAUGGACGAAGUUAUGCAAGAACUUGAAAAGUUCGAGUUGGACAAGAAUGACGCACAUUCGGACGCAGAAGGAGACGUCAACAGGGACAACAGCCCAUAGUUGCCAUGAUACGUUAAUGGAGCCUCACGUUGGUGGCCCUUGCUUUCCUACGUUGUUACCCAUCCCCCCUCCCUUUAUUCAAAUUAUAAAUUGAAUAUUUUGUUUAAAGCAGACACGAUCAUAUCGUUUGAGCUGAAAAAAUUCUCAAAGUUGGAAACAUUUCUUGGGAAUUAAUGUGAAUUUAAAAGAAUAUGUGCAAACCACGUCUAAGACAGCACAAUACAAUAUUGAUUCUUGAAAGAGUGAUGCAAAAUUUGCCGAUAUGACAAAAAAAAAAUGCUGCAUCCAUCGAUACAAUGGUCGUUGUAUUUACAGUUAAAACUAGGGGUGUUACAAUACUUGUAAAAUAGCUCCGAACUAUUAACAUUUUUAACUCUUAGCUAGCAUUAAAUGAUCAUGUUUCACAUCCCAAUAGACGUCCAGUCAUAUUUAACGGGGGUUGUCAGCAAUCGCACAUCAGCCAAUGAAUUAAAAGCCAGUCAAUCAUUUGUAAUCUUCUUAUCAGCUCAUAUUACUCAAAUCAAGUUAUUCCCUGUACUGUUGUCACGGUACUAAAUGUUUCAACUCGAUAUCAAUGCUCAAGAAAUGCUUCAUACCAUUUUCGAUACUAUCUAAACUAAAAUCCUAAAAUGUUUUAAAGAGCAUACAACAUGAGAAAAAAAACCCUUAAAUGGCAUUAUUAUGUGAAUUAGAAUCAUAUUUUAAGACGAUUCGACUAUAUACAACAAUUUAGCAAAGUGCAGAUGACGAGAAAUUAGUCUUUUAAUCUGAUGGUUAGCCACGCCUACCAUUAUAGGGCUUUAGCGUCCCCAACAGGUGGGUGAUGUCAGCGGUAGACUGGGCUCAUCGGUUUUACUAUUCAGCCCACUGAGGUGGAAUUAUUCAGAACGAGGAAAACGCGACGAGAGCCGCAAAAUGUCAUUGUUUCAGUCUCUCCAAUAUUUUUACAGGAUAUUCUUUUUAUCCAAGUAUUUUUCCCCAAUAGCUAUACAAAUGACUUGAGAAGGACCAGUCAGCCCGUCGAGGGGGAACUAUUCACAACGAGGAAACGCGACGAAGAGAGCUGCAAAAUGUCAUUGUUUCUGUCUCUUCAAUAUUUUUACAGGAUAUUCUUUUUAUCCAAGUAUUUUCCCUAGUUGCUAAAUAAAUGGCAUGGUCAUGACAAAUAACAGUCGUGUGAUAAAUGGAAUACGAAAUCAUAAAAAUUCGUUUAUUCAGGACGACAUGGCAAAAUUACUCCAUAAUGGUCAAAACUGUCGACUUCACCUUUACUGUCGCACCUCUCGAACGAUAUUUUAUGACACCUAAAUCGGACAUAUGUCAUUUCCCUUCCCCGGCUUCGGAGAAUGCAAACAAACCAAAAGGCGUGACAGCUAGCCGACAUGCUAACCCGAACCGAGUGAUGUUUCAAAGUCUUCGAAGCAGAAAAUCACAUAACUAGCCCGGAUUAUUUCACAUGACUGGGUUGUCGAUUGUCUUCGCGGAUCGGCAAACCGCCCGGCGGGGAGCAAUUUACAGUUCGUUCCCCGGAGGAGGGCGGCUGCAGUUGUUGUGGAGCUAACGUGCUGCUAAUGUGCAUGAGGAUAGCUUUUUACAUGCCUAUCAAUGAUCAAACGUAAGUAGUCCUUUAUUUAAAGAAAGUUUGUAGUGUUUACUCUUUAAUAGCUGUAUUAAUAUUUGACAUAAUACUAAACAAGAUGUUUACUAACUUCCUCGUAAGUCCAAUGCUCCCACUCAGGGGUCGCGUUAACCGAAUAUUUUCCGUCGUUGACCGUUUUUUUAAAACGAUGACUGAAAAAACUGAAGUUCAUCCGUCAUUUUGACAGGUUGCAAUUCACACCCCAGACCACAGGAUGGCAAGUGAGCAUAUUAAUUAGCUAUUGUCUCUUGAUGCAUGACGUCGUUGGCCUUACUCUGAAAAAUGUCCGAACUAGCAUUCAGGUGUAGCAAACACGGAAACGUUAGGAAGCUUUGGAGAGCAUUGUCUAAGGCUACGUUCAUUCUACAGGUCUUAAUGCACGAAUCCAAUUUUUUCGUGUUUUUCCCGAGUCGAGUCAGGCAUUAACUUGACGGUCUGAAUGGGACAAGUCGCAUAGAAGUGGACCAUUUCAAAUCCGAUCUGGGUCAUUUUUGUAUGUGGUUCAAAUCCGAUCUGGGCCACAUUUUUCCAGACUGUUGUAACAAGUGUGAGCUGUGAGGUUAACAGCACCACUGAGGGAUUAGUGGGCAAAUAAGGAAGUUCUAGUUCAGCUACUAGAGGGCAGCGGCAAUGAAUAAAGACAGACUGAGUUGGUUUGAGUGAAAUAUGUAUUUUACAAAAAGUGACAAAAAAUAAAUAUUUACAAAAUACCAGUGUGUACACAAUAUACAGUUCAACAGGAAGACAAAAAUCCAGUUCACUUUCCCCACCCCAACGUUUGUAAGUAACAAACAGUCAAGAGUACAAAUGCAUGGCUUCAGUUUAUGGCAAUACAAGGUGAGUGUCCAUUAGCGCUGCUUUAUUGGUCACAAGUUGAAUGGGUAUUUGAAAUGCUUGACCCGAGUAGUGGGGAGAGGAAAAACAGGCUGCUAAGCCUCCUACCAGACCCUGACUUGUUUUGAAGACAAGGAAAAAGAGGACCGUCAGGCUCCUGGCUCAAGUUCUAGCUCGCCAUCCGUUUGUUGGAGUGGUCCCAAGGCAGGGUAGGACCAACUGGCCUGUAUGGACCAACCAACCCAAUUAAACAAUUGAAAUGACCAAAAAUGCAAUACUAUGUUAGCAAUAGCACAUUAGCACCAGAAUGCUAACUUACAAAAUAUAAUCACAAAGCACCAACAGCUUGUUAGCAUUAGCAUGUUAGCAUUAGCAUGCUAACAUACAGAAAUACACAAAUAAAGCACCUAAGGGCAGAGAAAAUCACAUGAACACAUAAAUUAGCCUAAAUUAGCAUGUGGCUAAUUCGCUAACAACAGAUGGAAAAAUUUCAGACUCACCAGUUCACGUGGAUGUAGUUGAGCACUCACACGAACAGGUCCCCAACACAACUAAAAGGUCUGGUUCUGCAGCUGUUGCUCCUUGGCUUCUCUCCCACACGACUGAAGGGAGAGGAGUCAAGGAAGCUUAUAUAGUGCCUAGGUGACUGGUGAUUGGAUAAUUGGUGUAAUGUGACUUGUCAUGUGCUGUUUUCUUGCAUUCAGGGAGUGUGGGAAAAACAAGUCCUGGCUAAAAUCAGGGAAUCUUAACCCAUGUUACACCGUCGCGGCGGUCUGUACCAUCCAGUGUCCCAAAUCCGAUUUCAGCUGUGCGUUAUUAGCGCCUAGCUUGCAGUGAACACGGCUUUUGGGGAACAAAAGCUUGACAACAGUCAUAAAAAAAAAUAAAAAUGGGUUGAAGAUAAGCAUGAGAAAGAGCAGAGAGAAAACCGAUCAAUGUGAGCUAUAUUUCAACAUUUCCUACACGGCCGAGAGUCGGGAGAGGGGUCUGGCUGCAGCCCGUCUUGGAGAGUCGGGGCAAACUGCCCGUAUGUGUGUGUGACAUGCACGGACAGUGCAUGCAUGCUAUCCAUCCAUAUAAACUGUGAAUAUAAGUCUAAACGGGGAUUAUUUAUGUCUCUUAUUUGUCUCCUCCUUUUGAAAAGCAAAAUAUGAUAUCCCUGGAAUGACUGAUGACUUGUCAUUUGUUUUGAUGCUUCUGCGCACCGGCGCGUGUCGGACUGCGAAUUAGAGCGCAUGCGUAAUACUUGAAAGACCUGUAGUAUGAACGUAGCCUAAUUGAAUGAGCAGGGACAAACAGCUUGGAGUCAGAAGUACGUGCGCUAUUCUCAAACCUGAACGCACCCCGAGUCUUGGAUGACAAAUCAACAGAGCAGAGAGUAGACACAACAAGGCUGGUAGUUUCUUCAAUUUAUUCAGAGUUGAGUAAGUAACGCACCGCUUUUGACUAACACUGCUAUUGAAUAUGUCUCUAUUAUCAUUUUAAAAAUUUAAGUGACGGGUAAAAAUAGAUUAUGACCGGAUUUUUAUGACCCUGUCAGUCAAAAUGACAGACAACGAAAAAGUCUAGCGCAACCUCUGCUCCCACUGUAGUCGGGCUUGUUUUGGCCAAUAUCCACGGUGAAUGGGAACCUUUUGAAACUCCAAAAAGGCGCAUACGCCUCUCCCUCAUACAGAAUGAUUUUUCUGCAGCCGUUUGGCUGGCGUGAUGCGAAAAAUAAACGUAUUAAUCCGCAAAAUCAGCUGAAUCCUUCGUCCUCAUACACAACAGUACGCUGUAUAGUGAAGAGGACACCUUCUACCGUACACGUCACAGCGCCCUCCUCCUCAAUGCAAGACCGAAGCCGGAAGUCACUCAUUUUCAUGGCGCGGAAUUAAAAAAACUAAAUAAAUAUAGCGAUCGCUUCCACACACAUCCAAGCGGUCCAUAUCUUUCAGGAGCAUAAAAUACCGCGUGUAUUAUGAAAUAAACAUGCUUUUUCGUGUCACAUGCACUUUAAAUUAACUCUGGCUCUUCAUUGGUGGACAUUGUUUCGACUCAAAAAACCUUCAAAUUGCUCCAAAGUUAACGGGAAGUGACCUGGACAUGUCCUGAAAUAAACAGGAAAUAACCCGGAAAUGCUCUACAGAUCAACAGGAAGUGACCCAGAUAUGCCCCAAAUUCGACAUGAAGUGACCAAUCAACAAAGUGACCUGGAAAUGUCUUAGAAUCAACAUGAUAUAACCCAAAAAGUACUGUAAGUAACCCGAAAUCAACAGGAAGUGACUUGCAAAUAUCCCAAAUUCAACAGGAAGUGACUGAUAAGCAGAAAGUGACCUGGAUAUGUUCUCUAUUCAACAUGAAAUAACCCCAAAUGUACUGUAAGUGACCGAGAAUCAACAGAAAGUGACCCAUAAGUGCCCCAAAACCGACAUAAAGUAACCCAAAAUCAACAGGAAGGGACCCAGAAAAUGCCCAGAAAUCAACGGGAAGUGACCAACGAACAGGAAAUGACCCGGAAAUGUCCUAGAAUCAACAUAAAAUAACCCAAAGUGUACUGUAACUGACCAAAAAUCAAAAUAAAGUGACCCAAAACCAACAGGAAGUCACCCGGAAACGGCCCAAAAUCAACAGCAAGUACCCAGAAAUGCCCCAAAAUCAACUGGAAGUGACCAAUCAACAGGACACGACCCGGAAAUGCCCUAAAAUCAACAGGAAAUACCUAAAAAUAUACCGUAAGUCACCAAAAAUGAACAGGAAGUGACCCAGAAAUGCCCAGAAAUCAACGGGAAGUGACCAACGAACAGGAAAUGACCCGGAAAUGUCCUAGAAUCAACAUAAAAUAACCCAAAGUGUACUGUAACUGACCAAAAAUCAAAAUAAAGUGACCCAAAACCAACAGGAAGUCACCCAGAAAUGCCCCAAAAUCAACAGCAAGUACCCAGAAAUGCCCCAAAAUCAACUGGAAGUGACCAAUCAACAGGACACGACCCGGAAAUGCCCUAAAAUCAACAGGAAAUACCUCAAAAUAUACCGUAAGUCACCAAAAAUGAACAGGAAGUGACCCAGAAAUGCCCAGAAAUCAACAGGAAGUGAUCAACGAACAGGAAAUGACCCGGAAAUGUCCUAGAAUCAACAUAAAAUAACCCAAAGUGUACUGUAACUGACCAAAAAUCAAAACAAAGUGACCCAAAACCAACAGGAAGUCACCCGGAAAUGCCCCAAAAUCAACAGCAAGUACCCAGAAAUGCCCCAAAAUCAACUGGAAGUGACCAAUCAACAGGACACGACCCGGAAAUGCCCUAAAAUCAACAGGAAAUACCUCAAAAUAUACCGUAAGUCACCAAAAAUGAACAGGAAGUGACCCAGAAAUGCCCAGAAAUCAACAGGAAGUGAUCAACGAACAGGAAAUGACCCGGAAAUGUCCUAGAAUCAACAUAAAAUAACCCAAAGUGUACUGUAACUGACCAAAAAUCAAAACAAAGUGACCCAAAACCAACAGGAAGUCACCCGGAAAUGCCCCAAAAUCAACAGCAAGUACCCAGAAAUGCCCCAAAAUCAACUGGAAGUGACCAAUCAACAGGACACGACCCGGAAAUGCCCUAAAAUCAACAGGAAAUACCUCAAAAUAUACCGUAAGUCACCAAAAAUGAACAGGAAGUGACCCAGAAAUGCCCAGAAAUCAACGGGAAGUGACCAACGAACAGGCAAUGACCCGGAAAUGUCCUAGAAUCAACAUGAAAUAACCCAAAGUGUACUGUAACUGACCAAAAUAAAGUGACCCAAAACCAACAGGUAGUGACCCGGAAAUGCCCCAAAAUCAACAGCAAGUACCCAGAAAUGCCCCAAAAUCAACUGGAAGUGACCAAUCAACAGGACACGACCCGGAAAUGCCCUAAAAUCAACAGGAAAUACCUCAAAAUAUACCGUAAGUCACCAAAAAUGAACAGGAAGUGACCCAGAAUCAACAGGAAGUGACCAAUAAACAAGAAAUGACUCGGAAAUGCCCCAAAAUAUACUGCAAGUCACCAAUAAUCAACAGGAAGUGACCCAUAAGUGCACCAAAACCAAAAUAAAAAUGUAAAUACCCUGUCAGCCAAUGAUUUAAAAUCAUUAGUUAGCAUAACUUAUUAGCCUUAUUAGAGACUUAAUAUCUCUUUCACCAAAUAUAAUAAUAAUGGGCGAUUUUAAAAUCCACUUAGACAAUAUCAACCUGCCUCUCACCAAGAAAUUUAAUUCCUGUUUAGAAAGUUUUGGCUGUCAGCAAUAUAUCACCUUCUCCACACACUCAAAAGGACACAUCCUGGACUUAAUCUGCUGCUCAGGCGUCACCCCCUUGAACCUCACAGCCAAUCAACUCCCAAUUACAGACCAUUUUCUCAUAUCAUUCACAGUCAGUCUCACCCUAUCCAUCCCAAAAAAAUCGCGCCUUAUCACAUUCCGGAAUUUGAGGAAUAUCACCCCAGCCACCCUCAUCUCAAGUAUCCACUCCUCCUGUCUUUCCGAAUUCCAUAAUCUAGCCAACCCCGAAGAUCUGGCUUCCCAUUACAAUAAAGGACUUGCCAACAUUCUCAAUACCCUCGCCCCAUUGAAAACCCGAUCCGUCCGCUUCACUAUCUCUGCCCCUUGGUUCACUCCCACUCUACGUCACAUGAAGGCUAACGGUCGUCGGCUGGAACGCCUCUCCCUGAAAACAGGUCUAACUAUCCAUAAAGAAAUGUACAAAAACCACAUAUCAGCCUACAAGGCUUCAAUUAUCAAGGCCAAAACCCUCUACUAUUCCAGACUAAUCACCACCAGUCAAAGCAACACCAAAACUCUCUUCUCACUCCUCAGCAACAUCACCCAACCCAAAGUUUCCCUUCCCCCUCACUGUUACAGUGCCUCCUUUUGCGGCUCUAUAAUGAAAAUUUUUCACUGAAAAAGUUAAGAACAUUCACGAUGACCUUGCAUCAACCCCCAAUCCCAGCAUACAGUAUCUUCCGACUGGCACCCGUCCCCACACCCAUUCUCCUCCUUCCACCUCCCCAGCCCAUUUGAGAUCGCCGAACUCAUCCGGAAAUCCAGUCCAUCCACCUGCCAUCUGGACCCCAUGCCCACUCAACUAGUUAAACUCUGUUCACCCUCUCUGGUCCCGCUCAUCUCUGCUAUCAUCCACUCAUCCCUCACCUCUGGAAUUGUACCCGCUUCUUUCUAAACUGCCGCCGUUACGCCAAUCCUCAAGAAACCUGGUGCCGACCACUCCGACUUCAAUCACUUCCGCCCCAUAUCCAACCUCCCUUUCAUUUCCAAAAUCCUCGAAAGAACAGUCGCCUCACAACUCCACUCUCACCUAUCCCAGAAUAACCUUUAUGAACAGUUUCAAUCUGGUUUCCGCCCACUACACAGCACUGAAACAGCACUCGUUAAAAUAACCAGCGACCCCCUUAAUGGCAGCUGAUUCUGGCUUGCUCUCCAUCCUCAUCCUCCUACACCUAUCUGCAGCCUUUGAUACAAUUAGUCACACCACACUCCUCCACCGGCUUUCCACUAUUGGCAUCACCUGCACCCCGUUGAACUGGUUUUCUUCCUAUCUAUCUGAGCGCAGUCAAUAUAUGCAACUAAAGUUAUUUAAAUCCAGACCCUCCCCUGUAACCUCCGGUGUGCCUCAGGGCUCUGUCCUGGGGCCCCUACUCUUCAUCAUAUACCUACUUCCCCUUGGCAAUAUUUGUUGUAAAUUCAACAUCCAAUUUCACUGCUAUGCCGACGACACCCAACUCUACCUCACUUCUGAACCCUCCUCCUCUCACCCGCCCUCAUCUUUGACUGACUGUAUCACUGAAAUAAAAAUCUGGUUUACCCACAAUUUCCUAAAACUUAACAGUAAUAAAACUGAGGUGCUCCUCGUUGGCUCUCAAUUCACCAUCUCAAAAAAGCAUAACAUAUCCAUUACCAUUGACAACUCCACUGUUUCACCCUCCCCCCAAGUCAAGAGCCUAGGAGUAAUCCUCGACAACACACUUUCCUUUCAAUCGCACAUCAAUAACAUUACCCGGAUUGCCCACUUUACACACAAUAAUCACUUAGUUCUGGUCUUCUUAACUACCCCUAUAUCUCUUCUAGUAUUUUAAAUUUUCUCAUAAGUUAUAUACAUUCAUUUUGACUCUUUUAAUAUUUUUAAAUGUUUGUACGGUGACCUUGAGUGCCAGAAAGGCGCCUUUAAAUAAAAUGUAUUAUUAUUAUUAUUUUUCAACAGCAUACCAUCGGCAAAAAUCACAACUUUCCCCAAAGAAUCAAUAUCGUAUCGUCAUAAAACUUAAGAUUCCCACCCAUACUUUGUACCCGAAUGUCUCAUAAUAAGAAUGUGAAUCACUUUUUCAUCAGCACUGCUCCUAUAGAUGAAAACUCAAUGUAGCGUGUAAUAAAAGUGCUCCGAUACAACUUGCACGAGUCAUCAACACUGUCAUUUCCAGACUUUCAAAACCCCUCCCGAACCUAACACCCAUCCCACAAAAAAAACAUGUUGUGAAAUGGGAAUAAAUGUACCGAGGCACUGACUUAGCACUUCAUGUUUUAAUUAUAAAUGUAUUACAUAAUAUAACAAACGUAUCUUCGCGGCGACCACGUCCCCCGCGACGUCCGGUCGCGAGGGCUGUCGUCGGCCGCUGAAAAACUUCACAGUGCAAACAAGGAAAGGAAGAAAGAAAACAACCCAACUGUGAAAAAGUAAAUGCAAACCCUUCCAUGAUAAGAUCAGUGGGUGACCGGACCGCCGACGGGCAUCUUAAAAAGGUCACAGCGCACCUUCUUUUAGUAGAUUGUGCUUUGUUGAUUAGAAAAGAAGACGAGCUUUUGGACCUAUUAGCCCCAAAGUGAUGUGUCACAAUCGUGUUCUCAAAACUGCAAAAAACAGGAAAGCAAACGUUCGAAAAUUCGAUAAAACACAAGCCUGGAUUCAUGAAAAAGGGUCUGUCUGCGGCUCGGAAGAUGGGAAGCGUCACUGUCAUCGUUACUAGUAUCGGUACCGGUACCGAAAGGGUCUUAAAAAGACGUCAUCGGUUUCAGGGAGUACUAAGAAACAACUUUGCUGAUACUUUGCAAUACGUACUGCCAGAGAACUCAUUUCCAACCACUAGUUGCCCCAUCCAAGAUGGCCACCAGAUACGCACGUCGCUGUACAAAAACAGUAGUACUUGUCGCCCUUGCCAAGAGGAUGGUAGACGUCCAGUUGUGUGGCAUCAGAUCAUCUUUCUGUUUAGAAUUUAAUCUUAAGUAAAAGUAAAAUCCAUUUGAAGGAACUUCGCCCCUACCAACAUGGCUACUCUGAGGCCAUGUUGGUAGGGGCGAUGAAAGGUUCUGCUUUGAAUUGGAAUGAGUUUAUCACUAUGAGAUGUCUAAUCCAUUUGAAGUGGGAGGGUGAACAGGUAUAUUUUUCCCCAAAAACGUAUCGGUGCAAUAUCGGCAUUAUCGGUUGAACAAAAGAACUUAGCGGAAGCUAGCUAGCUAGUAGGUCAAUCAUAAUUUAUAAGAAUUAAGAACAGGUAUCAAGCUAGUUGGCCAAUGAUUUUUAAGCAUAAGAAUUUAGCCGAAGCUAGCGGAAGCAAGCUAGUUGGUCAAUCAUGAUUUAUAAGUACGAGAACUAAUUAAAAAAACAAAAACUAAGCCAACUGGCUUAUGAUUUUGAAGCACAAGAACUUAGCAGGAGUAGGCCAAUCAUGAUUGAUAAGAAGAACAAGUAUCAAGCUAGUUGGCCAAUGAUUUUUAAGCAUAAGAACUUAGCUGAUGCAAGCUAGUUGGUCAGUCAUGAUUUAUAAGUACGAGAACUAAUUAAAAAAACAAAAACUAAGCUUGCUGGCUUAUGAUUUUGAAGCACAAGAACAAAACAAUAAAAACUAAGCUAACUGGACGAUUAUUUUUUACCGCAAGAACUUAACGGAAGCUAGCUGUUAGGCCAAUCAUUAUUUAUAAGAACUAAGAACAAAAGCACAAGUGCGAAGCUAGUACGUCAAUGAUUUUUAAACAUAAGAACUUAGCAGAAACUAGCUUGUUGAUCAAUGAUUUUUAAACACGAGAAUUCAGCGGAAGCUAAUGGAAGCACGCUAGUUAGACAAUCAUGAGCAGGAGCUAGCUAGUUGGUCAAUCAUGAUUUAUAAACACGAGGACUAAAAAAUGAAAAUAAACUAAGCUUGCUGGUUUAUGAUUUUGAAGCACAAGAACUUAGUGGAAGCUAACUAGUAGGCCAAUCAUGAUUUAUAAGAACUAAGAACAAGUACCAAGCUAGUUGGAUCAUAAUUUUUAAGUGUAAGAACUUAGCGGAAGCUAGCAGAAGCAAGCUAGUUGGUCAAUCAUGAUUUAUGAGCACGAGGACUAAAAACAAACAAACAACAAAAAAAGAACUUAAGCUAGUUGGCUUAUGAUUUUGAAGCACAAGAACUUAGCAGAAGCUAGCUAGUAGGCCAUUCAGGAUUUAUAAUAACUAAGAACAAGUAAAAAGCUAGUUGGACAAUAAUUUUUAAGCAUAAGGACUUAGUGGAAGCUAGGUAGUUGGCCAAUCAUGAUUUAUAAUCACUAGAACUAAGAACAAAACAACAAAAACUAAGCUAGCUGGCCUUUUAUGAUUCAUAAGAACUAAGAACAAAAGAACAAGUACUAAGCUAGUUGGGCAAUUAUUUUUAAGUAUAGAGACUUAGCGGAAGCAAGCUAGUUAGUCAAUUGUCAUUUAUAAGCACGAGAACUAAAAAAAAAACAAAAAACAAAGCUAGCUGGCUUAUGAUUUUGAAGCACAAGAACUUAGCGGGAGCUAGCUAGUUGGCCAAUCAUAAUUUCUAAGCAUGAGAACAAGGACAAAAGAGCAAGAAACAGUGAUGUGUUCCCGUCUCGCAAGCCGCAGACAGUUACAAUUGGAUUUAUGUAUAUACACACAAACGCAUGUGGUGAGCAAGUCAGUGAGCUAUCAAACGCAGUUCUCAAGAUUUUCAGGAGAUGGCACCAUAUUAUUGAGUCAGUACAGCUCCAAAAAUGCUGCAACUAAUAGAUUCCUAAAGACAAAUAUACACGGAAAAGUAGUCUCUUUAUUAUUAUUAUUCUCUUUUUUUUUUUUGGCACGUGUCUCUUCUUUUUGUGGUUUCUUUCCCCCGUGUUGGAUCAACUCAAAUGUCAUAAAGGGCACACGGGAAGUGGAUUUUGGUGAACAAAGCAGUGGAAACAAUCGGUGGGAAGGUGAAUUAUACGUGACAACGUUGUUUCGAUGCAAAUGCGGGCAAAAGUCUUGGGACACGCGUUGUAAGUAUUUGGUUGUCAAUGUAGCUCUUUGUCAUACUUUUAGAGAAAUUGUAUUUUGGCUGCCAUUUACGGAGAACCAAUAAAUUAAUUAGAAAACGCAAUUUCUGGAGAACUUUUUUGGUUAGUUCAUGUUGAUUUUGGGGCUUCGUGAGUCGCUUCCUUUUAAUUUUAGAUUACUUUCUGUUCAUUUCAGUGUCAAUUCUGUUGAUUUUUGGUAUAUUUACAGGUCAAUUGUUGAUUUUGAGUCAACUCCUGUGGAUUUUGGGCAUUUCUGGGUGACUACCUUUUGAUUUUAGGGCAUUUUUGGUGAUUUCCUAUUGAAUUUGCGGCAUUUACAGGUCUCUUCUUGUAGACUUUAGGUCCAUCCCUGUUGAUUUUGGGGCAUUAUUGGGUCACUUCCCGUUAAUUUUAGGUCAUUUUCUGUUUAUAUUAAGUCACUUCUGUUGAUUUUGGGCAUUUCUGGGUGACCUCCAGUUGAUUUUAGGGCAUUGGUCGGUCAAGAUUUAUAAGCACGAGUACUUAAAAAUUUAAAAUAAAUAACGCAAAUAAAACUGAGCUAGCUGGCUUAUGAUUUUGAUCAAUCAUAAUUGAUAAGGCAAGGCAAGGCAGGAGGACAAAAAUGUUUG